AUGCCCGUGACUGUCUGUACCAAUUGGCUAUUGCACUUGAUGCCCGUGACUGUCUGUACCAAUUCGGCUAUGUCAUUGCAUGCUCGUGACUGUCUGUACCAAUUCGGCUAUGUCAUUGAUGAGGACAUUGAAAAGAGUGCAGGUUGUGACAGCUUCCUGUGGAAGCUUCCCUGUGAAAGGCCUGUUUGUAAAGGAUUGGAUUUUGAUAGAGCAUUUUUGGCCUGUUUGUAG